AUGCAGUCGCCGGAGCUCGCCGCUGCAAGUCCUCUUGAGGUGAGCCUCACUGCCUGUGUGACUCUCUCUUGGGUCUUAGAAAUCCCGUUGGCGGCUCCACACCUGAAGAGGAGGGGCCGCGGUUCUACUGCUGCUGGGUGGUGGGCGGGGGCUCUGGCAGCAGUAGAAGCUUUGGCUACUCCUGUUGCGGCACGGGCAGUUGCUGCUUCGUUGCUGCGCAGGAGCGGGUUGUUUGCUGGUGCGGCUGUGGGGCCAGGGUGUAUAGACGAGGCGGCGUUGUGGUUGACAGCGCUGAUGGAGAGCAGCUGUUUCCGUUGCUGCUGUCUCUACUUCGUGGGUUUGCUGCGUCUGGCUAGCGAACGGCGCCUAGGUCUCCUGGCCUACAGCAGGGAAUAUCUCACCGCCCAGGCAGCACACAGACAAGAGGGAACGGAGGCAGAUGUAACAACUGCAGCAGCAGCUGCAGCAGCAACAGCAGCAGCAGCAGCAGCAGCAGGACCAGGAGCAGUAUCAGGGAUGAGUUCAUUUUCUGUGUUUUCUCUGGCUGUAUUGUCGCACCUGUCCGUCACCCCGCGUUCCAAUGGGGGGCGGCCCCUGUUUGUGGAGAUGCCCCCCUUCGGUGUUGGGGCCCCUCGCGAUAGCUGUUGGGGCUGCUGCUCUCCGAUGCAUGCAGACGAGCUCUGUGCUGCUGCUGUCGCAGAGUGGGCUGUGCAGGGCUUCAUGCGCUGUUGUUUGCUGAGGCCUUCAUGGGGGCCCCCCUUUCUCAACUGCCUGGAGGCUGAGGGCCCCUGGCGGGUCGUCGGCGCUGCCUUGAACGUGGGAGCUUCUGCGAAACAGGAGCAGAAGGAGCAGCAGCAGCAGUUGGAUCAGCAACAGCAGCAGCAGCAGCAGACAGAGGCAACCAGGGCUGCUGCAGCGCAGCACCCGCAGUACGAAGCUGUGAACAAGUACCGCCGUCGUCUGCGGCGCUUUCUUAAGGUUUGCUGCCGUCGUGGUGUGGGCCCCGACGGGAGAGAAGAGACUGAAGGAGACAGAAGGAGACAUUUUCUUGAUGAGCAGCUUGCACUGCUCUCUGACGUUGCACCUCGCCUAAGCUUAAACGCGGACCGCCAUGGUGUAGUGCAUGCAGUGGCCCCAGAGCGGCUGCUGAGUCUCUUCGGGGCGCAGCUGCCAGGCGCCCAGGGGGGGACCUCGGGGGGCCCUGCUGCGAUGGCUGGGUGGAGUAACGGCCUGGGCCUGCUGCAGGCGUUGGUGCAGCACAUCGGGGAGGUUCUGCUGACUCCGUGUCGUGGGGAGGACGGUGUCGCUGAGGCUGGAGAGGUUGGGGGAGAACAGACAAUCGAGAGACUGUCUCCUCUUCUGCUGCAGCUGGAGACAGUUACACGCCACAUGAGAGACGCAGCCGAGGCAUUGGGGGCGUUGGUGCAGCACAUCGGGGAGGUUCUGCUGACUCCGUGUCGUGGGGAGGACGGUGUCGCUGAGGCUGGGGAGGUUGGGGGAGAACAGACAGUCGAGAGACUGUCUCCUCUUCUGCUGCAGCUGGAGACAGUUACACGCCACAUGAGGGACGCAGCCGAGGCAUUGGGGGGCCUCCCUCGGGGUACUCCUUCUCUAUGGGCCGCCUCGGAGACUGCAGGCGCCGCCGCUGCAGCAGAGCUGCCGCUGUUGCUCCAGAACGGGCGGCAAAAGAAGAGAAAAGAAGAACAGAAAGGCAACAGCAGCGUCAGCAGCAGCAGCAAUGGUUUGCGUUGCUUCACGGAGGCCCUGAGGAAGUGGACGGAGAUGGGGGCUGUUCUCAGCUGCCACACUGCAAAUCUACUGCGGGCCGCUGCUGCUGAGGGGACUCGCCAGGCGUUGCAGAUGCGGCUGCAGCAGCAGCAGCAGCAGCUGCUGCUGCAGCAGCUGCAGCGGUUGUUACGAAGGGCGAUAGAGCUGGCUGCAGCUUUGGUGCGGGCAGAGCAGCUGCUGAACCCGGACAGCCGUGCUCCCCUUCUCCGUUGUAUGCACCGCCUAGGCCUGGCCCCCAGACUUCGACGGUCUCCUGCUGAGGGACAGAAUGCUAGCGGACAGCUCGAAAGGGAGACAAAAGGUCAGGAGGAGACGGCGGCACCAGAUGAAGAGAAGAUGGAGACACAACAGCAACACGGAGAAGUUGCAGGGGAGAUAUGCCAACGGGAGGAGCCGCUGAUGCGGGACCUGCUGCUGGCCACCUCAGAACGGGCGGCAAAAGAAGAGAAAAGAAGAACAGAAAGGCAACAGCAGCGUCAGCAGCAGCAGUAA